GGCUGUUGUUGAAUGCUCUAGUAGCGCCUUCCCAUGCAUCCAUCCCCGCCGAGAGUCUUGAUACUCCAGAACAAUGCUCCACCGACCAGGACCGUGAUUAUUACGAACAAGUUCCGGGGCAAGCGAUAUCGUGGCGCCCGGAAAAGCUGCUACCGGAAGAAGCGCAGCGGCGGGCGAUACAUACCGCAAGAGCUCAGUCACUAGUGGCAGAAACGAACGAGCAACGGCCAAUCAAGUGGGCGGCUGGUAAACAUUUGUCCGCCAUGGGCUAUCAAGACCGGCCCUAUGCCUCCCGCGUCUACAUGUUGCUUUUGUGCCGAACAGUCGUAUAUCCGAUCACAUUGAGCUUUCAAGAGAAACCUCUGGCUUUCAUCAAGUCAGACUCUAGCAACAGCUCUACUCACCGGCAUUUGUACCUCGCAUCAGUGCCGCAACCGUUUAAACGUCUACUUUGUACAGCAACUAUGCUUGCAACCCCACAUCAGAGUCUGCCUCACUCUUCCGGCCCACACAGCAGUCAUAUACACCAGCACAGCACCAACGACUUAGAUGCGGUUGCAACAACCAAGCGUCUGAUCCGAGACUUCCUGCAGCGCCUCCCUUACCGUGAUCCCGGCCAUCUCCCCAAUGCCACACUCCGAAAAGAAGUCGUAGCCGAGGUCGUCUCGUGGAAUUUGAAUCUGGAAUCAAGCUACGUCGAAGCCGUCGUCGAUACAGCCGCCGCCACCGGGGAGUAUACUUAUGGGCACAUGAGCUACGAGUAUCAGCGGUUUUCCGCCAUGUACACUGUGUGUUUGGCUUUCGUAGAUGACCAGGGGUACCGCAUCCCUGACGCGAUGGGACAAUUCGGCCAGCGGCUCCUCCUCGGACAGCCGCAGCUGCACCCCGCUCUGGCGCGGUUGGCCGCACUGCUCAAGACCGUUCACGAACUUUUCGCCCGUGUCAGCGCCGACGCCAUCGUGACCAACACACUGGACGGAAUCUCCGCGAUGUACGUCGAAGUGACUUCGAAGGACAGCAUUUGUUCCCCUUUAGCUACCAAAUAUCCGUACUACCACCGUCUGAGGGUUGGUUUCGCGUCUGGAUACGCGCACAUCGGUUUCGUGAAGAGUUUGGAAGACGUACUAGGCACCUCCCAUCUACAAUUGAUACCUGAUCUGGAGCUUGUGGUCGUUGGUUUCAACGAUAUACUCUCUUAUUACAAAGAGAUGCUCGUCGGCGAGGAAAACUACAUCAACCUACGAGCAGUGAAUGAAGGCAAGAAGCCCCUCGCAGUGCUUUCCGAACUGAUCGAAGAGUGUCUGGAUGCCGCUCGCACCAUCACGCAGUUGGCUUCCAGGACGCCUGGCCUGGAGGCGAUUUGCUCAAGCGUCAUGAACGGCUAUGUCGAGUUCCACCUCAAGGCGCGUCGGUAUCAUCUGGAGGAAUUGAGCUUUGCGGAGCAAUCCUAG